GCUUUCGGCUAGUUUCACGCUCAGGCCACGCGUCACGCAGCACCACCGACCUUUGAACUGCACCCUUUCCUCCGUCUGCCAUCCUCUCUAUAUUCUCUUCUGCUCAUCCGUUCGACUUCACCAUGCACACCAGCGAGUACGACUAUCUCUUCAAGCUCCUCCUCAUCGGCGACUCUGGUGUCGGCAAGUCCUGUCUUUUGUUGCGUUUCGCGGACGACACAUACACAGAGAGCUACAUCAGCACAAUUGGUGUCGACUUCAAGAUUCGCACCAUCGAACUGGAGGGAAAGACCGUGAAACUUCAAAUCUGGGAUACAGCAGGCCAGGAGCGAUUCCGCACAAUUACGUCCUCGUACUACCGUGGUGCUCACGGUAUUAUCGUGGUUUAUGAUGUUACUGACAAUGACACAUUCACGAACGUCAAACAAUGGCUGCAAGAGAUUGACCGUUAUGCAUCGGAGGGAGUCAACAAGCUCCUCGUUGGCAACAAGUCAGACUUGACUAGCAAGAAGGUGGUAGAAUAUAGCGUGGCGAAGGAAUUUGCCGACCAACUAUCUAUUCCUUUCCUGGAGACUUCAGCGAAGAAUGCUACAAAUGUCGAACAAGCUUUCUUGACGAUGGCUAAACAGAUCAAGGACCGAAUGGGAUCGACUUCUACGCCUUCAGGUGCUGCGAAAUCGUCGACAGUAACGCCAGGCCAGUCUGUACAACAGUCGCAGUCUGGGAGUUGCUGCUGAGCAGCUUAGAUCUAUUGGCAGUAGUUUGGAGUGGUUGUGCUUUUUAUCCAUACCGUUCUUUCAUCCGGCCUGGUUUCCCAAUGGCGGUGCGAAGUUAUAGCAUGCACCAGUAUGGGAAACAGGUUUCUUGUUAACGUAUUCCCCUCACAUUUACACUGUGCUAUGCCGGACUUGUCCUAUCGCGAGUUAUCUUUGCCCC